CACUGUAACUAAAACCCUGGAAGCAAACCAUUUUCAUUCCUCAAAACUUCCAGCAGCGGCAGCAGCAGCAUCAAGCUAUGUCGGGUCUGUACAAUCCCAACUUCUCACCUGCCAGAGCUGUAUCUCCACAGAUUAGAACUAACUCUGAUGUUGACAGUAAUCAGUACUUGUCAGAGCUGUUGGCGGAGCAUCAAAAGCUUGGACCUUUCAUGCAAGUUCUUCCCAUAUGUAGCAGACUCUUGAAUCAAGAAAUCUUACGGGUUUCGGGGAUGAUGCCAAACCAAGGUUUUGGUGAUCUUGACAGACUGCGACAUAGAAGUCCCAGUCCCAUGGCUUCUUCGAAUCUUAUGUCAAAUGUAGCUGGAACAGGAAUUGCUGGUUGGAAUGGACUUCCUCAGGAGAGACUCAGUGGAACCCCUGGAAUGACGAUGGACUGGCAAGGUGCCCCGGCAAGUCCUAGUUCAUUUACUGUGAAGCGAAUUUUGCGCCUGGAAAUUCCUGUAGACAAUUAUCCAAAUUUCAAUUUUGUUGGCCGGCUCUUGGGCCCCAGAGGUAAUUCACUGAAACGGGUUGAAGCGACUACAGGGUGUCGUGUAUAUAUCAGAGGAAAAGGGUCAAUAAAGGAUCCAGAUAAGGAAGAGAAGCUGCGGGGAAGACCAGGUUACGAGCACCUCAACGAGCCGCUUCAUAUCCUGAUUGAGGCUGAUUUACCAGCUAACGUCGUUGAUAUAAGACUGAGACAGGCACAAGAAAUAAUAGAGGAAUUACUCAAGCCCGUGGAUGAGUCUCAGGACUAUAUAAAGAGGCAGCAGCUUCGUGAACUGGCCAUGCUGAACUCAAAUUUUAGAGAAGAGAGUCCAGGACCAAGUGGCAGCGUGUCACCUUUCAAUACUAGUGGAAUGAAACGUCCCAAAACUGGGCGUUGAAAAGUUGUAUCUGCUGCUUCAUUGAAGUACUACUUUCUGUUGACCUCUGAUCUGCAGAGUUAUGCCUGAACAUAUACAAUUCGUGGCAGUCAAGUCUCCCUAUGGCUCAAUGCGCAGCUACCUAAGUGAAGAAUUCAUAUGAACAGACAAAGGGGGUAUUUGCAGACAUGCGUUUUUGGCUGGAUUUUUUUUUUAAAUAAUAUUUUCUAUUUAUUAUUUACUGAAGAAGAUAAAACAGAGACAGAAACAGGACGAGAGGGGGUUGGAGUAGGGGUGGAAAAGGGAGAAACAGAAAUUGGUUUAUACAGUUGGCCUUUUGAGUUAGGUUUUUUUUUUUUGUGGUAUAAGUUGUUGUAAGCUUCAAUUCAUUGGAUUUAUUCUUGUGUUAAUAUUUUGUAGUGUGAAAUAUGUGAUAAUUAUUGGUUCAGCACGAACUGUGAAAGUGGGUUGGGGCUUGUAGGUAUUUCCUUGACAUUCUUCCAAUGGUUAUAUAAUUGUAUUCUGUUGAUACUUAAAUAUAUGCUGAAUGAUGUUGGGGGAGAUUUA